AUGGUGUCCCGCUCCAGCUUCGAUUUGACUUUUCCCACAGAAGUCGGAGAGGGAUCGGCCUUCUACACUAUGGGCGGGGCGGUGGAGAUCGAGAAAUCAUGGUUUCGCACAAUGGCGUCGCACCCACGCAAGAAUACGCCCCACGAAACCGCCGAUCGCAGGAGCACCGCUGCGGUGGGGCUGACGGUUUCCGUUUCCCGGGGGUGCUCCGUUGAUUCGGAUGCGGCUUUGACCGGGCGCGGCGUUGGGGUGACGGGGCAAAGAGAUGGGGCGGUGGUUUUCGAGGAACGCAAAGGCAUCCGCGGAGAGUUCCUAUUAGUGAAGACUGACUGCAGCUUCCUCGGACGCGACCCCAACGUGGAUGACGACAACGCCUCCGUGCUUCGCAGCAGCAGUGGGGUCGGCAUGUCCUCCGCGGACCUCCGCCCUCAGGGGCAUCGUCAACUCACCAUGUGCACGCCGUGUGGCUGCACGAACUUGUUCUGGCUGUUGGUUACCGUCUCGAUGGGCCUCAUCACGCUGAUGGGGCUAUUCUGCCUGUCGCGCUGGCAUCCCGACGGGCGUCGCCGGUGGGCGUUGCGGUGGCGCAGCGGUGCAGCGGAUCGCCGAGUCCAUCAAGAUUGCCACGCUGACGGGAUGGCUUCCGCCCGCGCCACUGGGGUAGCUAGCGGAGAUCUCAAGGCAGGUGGUGUCACGGGUAACUCGUUGACGCAACCUAACCAUCUCUACGAGGAUCUGUACAGCAUACGUUACCCGAGCUACGAAGACGAAAGGUCAUUCGUUCUCCCUCAAAACCUAAAGAAAAUUCUCGCGCAACCGAAGGCGAACGCUCGAUCGACCGUCGAGGGUCCAGGCCGCAUCGUCACCGACGCCGACGCCGACACCGACACCGAUGCCAACGAUAACGACUCCAAACUCGCCGAGACAAUGAUCGCAAGUUCCAGCGGCAGCGAAGAGACGCCUGUGGCCGAAGACGGACCAGGCCUUCCGCCCUUCGCUGUUGACCGCCACGACGUUUCGGAUGUACGGGUUCCCCGACAGGAAGCCGUCAGAGAUGAUAUGUUCGACAGCGGGAUGGAAUGCUUCUCCGACGACAGCCUGGUGGAAGAAGAGACGGUCACGGUCCCGAUCGGGAAAAAGGUCACGUCGGCCAGGAUUUACAGGUCCGGUUCCCGCGAAUUGCCGACGUCGCCGCUGCAGGUUCAACCCACAUUGUCAACGAUCUCCGGCUCGACCUCGCGCGGGGAUGGUGCGACCGUUCCGGCGGAUCGGGGCUGCCAACCUGAAACCCUGCUUUGCGAUGGAGAGAGACAAGUGCAAGUCGCCGCCGGCAACACGGCCAGCGGAGUAGCAGCAGAUGGGCGGGACGCCCGUUCUUUGUCUCCACGAACGGCCAGCAGCCGUUCUCCUUCUCGUGGAGGCGCCUGUCCUGUGGAUCAUGGUGUCGGCGAAUCGGCGUCUUCGACAAGAUGGGCCGACCAAAUGCUAAAGGAGCCGGACGACGACAUGUGCUACAGUCCCGACAACGAAAUCGAGGGCGAGUUCUUCGCCGUCAUGGGCCACCAAACAAGCGGUCUGGCGCUCGCACGGGGCGCGACAGUUUCUCCUCCGCCGGUUCGCCUGUUUUCGCGUCGGCUGCGGAAGAGUACGCGGCAGUGA